GAUGGUUUUACUUAUUCCUUAUUUUUUUACGGUUGUUGAAGGUGUACCUCCUAUUAUACGAGUUGGUGCCCUAUUUCCAAAGCAGAUGGUCAAAAAUGGUGCUGAGUUAGCUUUCAGAUACGCAAUUCAUAGGUUGAACCGGGACUCAAGUCUAUUACCUGAGACAAUCAUCGAAUACGAUGUUGAAUACGUAAACCAACUUGAUUCUUUUGAAACAGUCCAAAAAAUAUGCAAACUUAUUCACAGUGGAGUCCAAGCCGUUUUUUGUCCAACCGACUCAACUUUAGCUACUCACAUUCAUUCUAUAUGUGAUGCCCUUGAUAUUCCAGAUAUCGGUCGCUCCCCUCAUGACUUUUCUAUCAACAUUUAUCCGUCAAGACAGUUCGUAAAUCAGGCAUUUAUUGAUCUUAUAAACUAUCUAAAUUGGACUCGUUUCGGAAUUUUACAUGAAAAAAAAUAUGGCGUUGGCGUUUACCCGUCUUCACGGGACGGCCAAGGAAUUAUUCCCCCUCUUUUGAGCUGGGAAGUAACUUAAUAUUCAAAAAAAAAAUUAUAUAAAUUACAUUUUCAGUACAAGCCAAAACAAUUCAAGGAUCUCAAGAAUCAGAACGGUGAAAAGGAGGGAAUGUAAAGACCAGGAGUCUAGCCGCGAGGCAGCACAGUGGGCGAUUUGUUCUCGUUAGCGGCUUUUAAUUAAUAACUUCUAAACUAAAAUAUAUGUCUUCA